CGCUUGUUCACAAAGUCCAAUUGGUUUUCGCGUAAAUCGGAAAAUAAAAAUGAUAUUCGAUCAAAAUUCUAGAACUGGUAAAUUAUAAUAGAUUAUUAUUGUAUACCCAAAUGCAAACAUCGUAUUAUAAAUAAAAGCAAUAACUCAAAAAAAAGAAAAAAAAAAACUUUUCUCCCAGCAUUUUCUCUAAUUGAUGUUGUUUCUUUCCCGAUCAUAUCAAUCCAACUAGUCAUGGUAGAACUUGAUAAUAAUUAUGCGCGAAUGUGCCGUUUCGAUCAAACUACAAAUAAUACGUAUUGUGCAUGUGAUUUUAGAAUAAACAUUCAUCGUUGCGAUCAUAAUGAAUUUUUUUUAAAUGCUAGUUGGAUAACACUUGUAUUGUCCUUACUCAAUUCAAUAUUUGGAGCAAUGUUUUUAUAUUAUUUAGUAAAAAUAAAAGGUCAGACUUUCUUUCUUAAUCAUACAAGAGGAAGAGGUAUCAUAAGGCCCAAACCACUACACUCAUUUCAUUUAUUAGUUUUAGCUUAUAAUUCAGCGUUGGCAUUUAAUAUGAUAUGCUUGAUUACAGAAUCAUAUCCUCACGUUAUAUGGGCAGAAUGUAAGCCUUUUAAGUCUUUAUAUAAAUGUAUGAUUUUUAAUUCUUGAUAAUUAAUUUAUAUAAUAUUGAUAUAGUGGGUAAUUAUUUACCACAUGGAAUAUGCGGUUCGCUUGGAAUUUUUACUCCGU